GCUGCAGGCCCUGGGCCGGGGCUGCAGUGGGGGCGCGGGGCUCGGCCCGGCCACCGGCGCCCGCGGCGGGAGCGGGAGGCGCGGUGGCGCGGUGGCGCGGAGCCUUUGUGAGCAGCGGGGACGGCGAGCAACGAGGACGGUGGUAGACUGAGCUGGACCCUGUCUGAUGGCUUCCUCGAACCCUCCUCCACAGCCUGCCUUAGGAGAUCCCCUGGCUUCCAGAGCUCCAGGCCCCGCCCCCGAGGUGGAAGAAGACUCUGGAGAAGCCUUUGAGUUUGACGACAGUGAGGAGGAGGAGGAGGACACCAACAACGCUGGCCCGGUUGUCCCUGGCCUCGCCCCUGAGAGGGAUACAGAGCCCUCGCUGAUCUGCUUCGACCCUGUCCCCAGCUCAGACCUGGAACCAGAGGCUGCACCACCCCAGACAGAGGCACCCACUGUGGUCAGCAAUGGGGAUGCGGUGGGCGCGGCGAUCUCUGGGGUCCGGCGCUCCAGCUGGAAACGGAAGAGCUCACGUCGCAUUGACCGGUUCACGUUCCCUGCCCUGGAGGAAGAUGUGAUUUAUGACGACGUCCCCUGUGAGAGCCCAGACACCCAUCAGCCCGGGGCCGAGCGGGGCCUGCUCUACGAGGAUGUGCACCGCGCCGGAGCACCGCGGGAGGCUGAGGACCUAGGCUGGAGCUCCAGUGAGUUCGAGAGCUACAGCGAGGACUCUGGGGAGGAGACCAAACCGGAGGCAGAACCCGCUAAGCACCGAGGGUCCUUCCAGCCCAAGAUGACACAGCUCAUGAAGGCGGCAAAGAGCGGGACCAGGGAUGGGCUGGAGAAGACCCGGAUGGCCGUCAUGCGCAAAGUCUCCUUUCUGCACCGGAAGGAUGUCCUUGGUGACUCAGAAGAAGAAGACAUGGGGCUCCUGGAGGUUGGUGUGACAGACCUCAAACCUCCCGCACCGGAGCUGGGCCCCAUGCCAGAUGGCUUGAGUCCUCAGCAGGUGGUCCGGAGGCACAUCCUGGGCUCCAUUGUGCAGAGUGAAGGCAGCUACGUGGAGUCACUGAAGCGGAUACUGCAGGAUUACCGUAACCCACUAAUGGAGAUGGAGCCCAAGGCUCUGAGCGCCCGCAAGUGCCAGGUGGUGUUCUUCCGCGUGAAGGAGAUUCUACAUUGCCACUCCAUGUUCCAAAUCGCUCUGUCCUCCCGCGUGGCCGAGUGGGACUCCACGGAGAAGAUUGGAGACCUCUUUGUGGCUUCAUUCUCCAAGUCCAUGGUCUUAGACGUGUACAGCGACUAUGUGAACAACUUCACCAACGCCAUGUCCAUCAUCAAGAAGGCCUGUCUCACCAAGCCUGCGUUCCUUGAGUUCCUUAAGCGGCGACAGGUGUGCAGUACGGACCGAGUCACCCUCUAUGGGCUGAUGGUGAAACCUGUUCAGAGGUUUCCGCAGUUCAUCCUCCUUCUCCAGGACAUGCUGAAGAACACUCCCAGGGGCCACCCUGACAGGCUGUCGCUGCAGUUAGCCCUCACGGAACUGGAGACGCUGGCUGAGAAACUGAAUGAACAGAAGCGGCUGGCCGACCAGGUGGCUGAGAUCCAGCAACUGACCAAGAGUGUCAGCGACCGCAGCAGCCUCAAUAAGCUGUUGACAUCUGGCCAGCGGCAGCUGCUUCUGUGUGAGACGCUGACGGAGACGGUGUAUGGAGACCGUGGGCAACUAAUCAAGUCCAAGGAGCGCAGAGUCUUCCUGCUCAAUGACAUGCUGGUCUGCGCCAACAUCAACUUCAAGGGCCAACUGGAGAUCAGCAGCCUGGUGCCUCUGGGGCCCAAGUAUGUGGUGAAGUGGAACACGGCUCUGCCUCAGGUGCAGGUGGUAGAGGUGGGGCAGGACGGCGGGGCCUAUGACAAGGACAAUCUGCUCAUCCAGAAUGCUGGAGCCAAGAAGGCCACCACUGCAGGGCAAGCCCAGAACAAGGUGUACCUGGGCCCGCCACGCCUCUUCCAGGAGCUGCAGGACCUGCAGAAGGACCUAGCGGUGGUGGAGCAGAUCACCCUGCUCAUCAGCACCUUGCAUGGCACCUACCAGAAUCUGAACAUGACUGUGGCCCAAGACUGGUGCCUGGCCCUCCAGAGGCUGAUGCGAGUGAAGGAGGAGGAGAUCCACUCGGCCAACAAGUGCCGCCUCAGGCUCCUGCUGCCCGGCAAGCCCGACAAGUCUGGCCGGCCCAUCAGCUUCAUGGUGGUCUUCAUUACCCCAAACCCCCUGAGCAAGAUUUCCUGGGUCAACAGACUACACUUGGCAAAGAUCGGACUCAGAGAGGAGAACCAACCAGGAUGGCUGUGUCCCGAUGAAGACAAGAAAAGCAAAGCCCCGUUCUGGUGUCCCAUCCUGGCCUGCUGCGUCCCCGCCUUCUCCUCCCGGGCCCUCAGCCUGCAGCUCGGGGGUCUGGUCCACAGUCCCGUGAACUCUCCCCUGCUGGGCUUCUCGGCUGUCAGCACUUCCCUUCCACAGGGCUACCUUUGGGUUGGCGGUGGGCAGGAGGGCGCUGGCGGCCAGGUGGAGAUCUUCUCCCUGAAUCGGCCUUCGCCACGCACGGUCAAGUCCUUCCCACUGGCGGCCCCUGUGCUCUGCAUAGAGUAUAUCCCGGAUCCGGAGGAGGAGGCUGAGGGCGCAGAGGAGAGCCGGGCAGCCACUGAUCCCUCGGUCACAGUGCACCCCACAGUCUGCCUCGGAUUGCAGGACGGCAGCAUCCUGCUCUACGGCAGUGUGGACACUGGUACCCAGUGCCUGGCCACCUGCAAGAGCCCAGGCCCGCAGCCCGUGCUCUGCCUGCGUCACAGUCCCUUCUACCUGCUUGCCGGCUUACAGGACGGGACCCUUGCUGCCUAUCCACGGACCAGUGGUGAAAUCCCCUGGGACCUGGAGAGCCCUCCCAUGUGCCUAACUGUGGGCCCAGGGCCCAUUCGCACACUGCUGAGCCUGGAAGAUGCCGCGUGGGCCAGCUGCGGGCCGAGGGUCACCGUACUGGAUGCCGCCACUCUGCAGACGCAGCAAAGCUUCGAGGCGCACCAGGAUGAGGCAGUGAGCGUCACGCACAUGGUGAAAGCUGGCAGCGGUGUCUGGAUGGCCUUCUCCUCCGGCUCCUCCAUCCGCCUCUUCCACACGGAGACUCUGGAGCAUCUUCAGGAGAUCAACAUUGCUACCAGGACCACCUUCCUCCUGCCAGGCCAAAAGCACCUGUGUAUCACCAGUCUCCUCAUCUGCCAGGGUCUGCUCUGGGUAGGCACCGACCAAGGUGUCAUCGUCCUGUUGCCUGUGCCCCGACUGGAGGGCAUCCCCAAGAUCACAGGGAAAGGCAUGGUGUCUCUCAACGGUCACUGCGGACCUGUGGCCUUCCUGGCUGUGGCCAUGAGCAUAUUGGCCCCUGACAUCCUGCGGAGUGACCAGGAAGAGGCCGAGGGACCGCAGGCCGAGGAGGACAAGCCAGACGGGCAGGCUCAUGAAGCCGUGCCCGCGCCUGACAGCCACACAGCUCGAGAGUUGACACGCAAGAAAGGCAUCCUGCUUCAAUACCGCCUGCGUUCCACGGCCCACCUCCCUGGGCCUCUGCUGUCUGUGCGGGAGCCAGCGCCUGCUGACGGCUCAGCUCUGGAACACAGCGAGGAGGACGGGUCCAUCUAUGAGAUGGCCGAUGACCCUGAUGUCUGGGUCCGGAGCCGGCCCUGUGCCCGUGAUGCCCACCGCAAGGAGAUCUGCUCUGUGGCUAUCAUCUCUGGUGGACAAGGCUACCGCCACUUUGGCAGUGCUCCAGGUGGCCUGAGUGGACGGACAGCCCCGUGCAGCGAGACGGACAGCACACUCCUUAUCUGGCAGGUGCCUUUGGCUCUAUAGCUGUCCACACUGCCCAUGUGGAGGUCACAGGGCAUCUGGACCACUUCGGACAUACCGGGACCCUUUUGGCCCACCUGAAUUUUCCUCAGGGACCUGCCCAGGCCACAGGACAGGCCUGGAUUCUCCACUGAGGCCUUGAAAAAGCAGAGGAGAAACCUCUGAAAAAAAAUUUAGAAUGUUUUGGGGAAGGGUUUUUAGAGUCUUGGGGAAAGGAAGAUACACACAGAGAAUAUGGCCUUUUUGUUUCAUUUUGUUUUUUUGAAGCAAAAAACCAUAAAACCUCACCGCUGCCUGCUGAACCUAGAACCUUUUGUUGGGGCUGAGUGAGGCUCCCAGGUGGGCGGGCCCCUCCAGGAAGAGUGUAUGUGUGAGUGUCUGAGCGUGUGACUAUAAAUAUAUAUAUAUAUAUAAAUACGUAUAUACAAUGUAUAUUAUAUGUAUAUAAAUGUGAUCUGUACAUAUUGGGUCUCUGGGAGAUGCUGGAAUAAAAGGCAAGAGAUA